CCGCGAUCGCAGGAGCUGGGUCCCCUGUCGAGCCGGGAAGAGCCGGGAAGAGGCGAAGUCCCCCCGCGGGGCAGCGGCGCAGUAUAUUUCACCAACUCACAAAUGGAAGUGUAAGAGACUUUGUACAAAAUAUAUGUGAAAAUGGAAACCUCAUCUUUGCUAUCAUCCCUACACGAUGAAUGCAGAUCAGACAACUUUAUUGAGCCUCAUUACAAGGAAUGGUACCGAGUCGCUAUUGAUGCUCUAAUUGAAGGAGGUUUAGAAGCCUACAAAGAAUUUCUUUCGAAAGAGAGAUGUUCAGAGUUCCUUGCAGAUGAGGAAAUUGAUUAUAUUUUGAACAAUGUUCAUAAACUUCCCCAAAACACAGUUUAUUCCUCUAACAAUGCCAUUGAUGACACCUCUUCUUCGGGAACCUACUGGCCUAUUGAAUCAGAUGUGGAAGCUCCAAAUCUUGACUUAGGUUGGCCCUACCUGAUGCCUGGAAUUUCUGGUGGCACAAAUAUUGAUCUGCUUUUUCAUCCCCCACGAGCACAGCCUUACACCAUAAAGGAAACUAUUCGGAAGAUGAUACGAGAUGCAAGAAAGGUCAUUGCCAUAGUUAUGGAUAUGUUUACAGAUGUGGAUAUCUUUAGAGAAAUUGUAGAGGCAUCUACUAGAGGGAUUGCAGUGUAUCUCCUGCUUGAUGAGUCGAACUUUGGUCACUUUCUGAAAAUGACGGAGAAACAAGGCUGCCAAGUUCAAAGGCUCAGGAACAUGAGAGUACGGACAGUAAAAGGACAAGAUUACUAUUCUAAAACAGGAGCAAAAUUCCAUGGAAAAAUGGAACAAAAAUUUCUGCUGGUUGACUGUAAGAAAGUUGUUUAUGGUUCUUACAGCUUUAUGUGGUCUUUUGAAAAAACCAACCUCAGUAUGGUUCAAGUUAUAACAGGACAGCUGGUUGAAUCCUUUGAUGAAGAGUUCAGGACACUGUAUGCCCGUUCUUCUGUUCCUAGUUCAUUUGCCCCUGAAUUAGUGCGGGUCAACAGCCGCAGGACACUCUGGGAUAAUGACACAUACCAACACUCAGUGUCUUCCUUAGCUUCAGUUUCUAGCCAAAGAAACCUUUUUGGUAGACAAGACAAGAUUCACAAGUUAGAUCCUGUUUAUUUGAAAACUCGUGGACGAUUUCCAGUAAAUGAAAUAGAUAAAUUUGGCUUGAGAAAUCAGACUUUUAAUAAACAACCAUUUCAUCCAGGUUUUAAUAUGCAAAAUCCAAUCCAGCAGUAUCAACCCAGUGAAAAAAAUGAGCACUGGAAGAGACAUAGUUAUGCUGGGGAGAAGCCAGAAAGGACAUCUUACCUACUGCUCAACAGAGCUAUUAAUAGAGCCAAUAAUCCAUCAAAUACUUGGAAAAUGCCAUCUGAUAGCCUUAGUAUUGUAUCUUCAUUACGAGGAGGAUAUGCAAAUAACUACAAUACACCCCAACAAAGUUUUGCUGAUCAAUUUUCACGACCAAAGGUAAAUCUUGCAGAAAGAAAUUCAAUUGUACGGAGGUCUUUUAAUGGGACAGAUAAUCAAAUCCGCCACCUGCAGCAAAGGAUGCCGACACUCGAACACACAACAAAAUCAUUCCUACGUAACUGGCGAAUUAAAUCAUAUUUAAAUGACCAUUCUGAUUAUCCAGUAGAGUCUAACGGAUCAGCCUUGGGUGACAGAUAUGAUGGCUAUGACACAACUGAAAAUAUUAAAGCUCAUGCUCUGUACUCCCACUCUCGCUUACGAUCAUCAUUAGUGUUUCAGCCAACUUUACCCGAACAACAGGAGGUAAGCAGCUGUGCAAGUUCUUCAAAUUCAACUAUAAUUGGGUCAGAGGGAAGUGAAACACCUAAAGGGACAUCUAAUCAUGCACCAAGUUUGGAGAAUGGAACAGAUAAUACUUCAGAAGAGCUUAGCACAAAUGCCUCACCUAAAUCAGAGGCACCCAAAAACCACAAAAUUCAAAUGGCAGAAAGCAGAAAGCCUAUUGUAAAUUCGGAUGCAGUAGCAGACCCAUCUGCCUAUAUAUACACAACGCUCUGUGCAGACAAACAUGCAGAAAACAUGAAAAAUCUUCAAAAUGACAAUAUCCUUAAAAGAAGAAGCUUUCCCAUGUUUAAUUCAAAGUCUAUAUUGGACCCUCAUGCCGAUAGACACACAUCCAGUUACGUUUACAGCACACUGACUAGGCAUAGGCUUAAGCAGCCAGUUAGUCCAAAAAUCCCAGAAGAUACACUAAAGGGCUCUAAAAGUUUGCAUAGUAUGGCCAACCAUUUGCCACAGGAGGAAAAGGAUCUUAAAGGAGAGCUGAAGAACCCAACUGCUACCAAGGCAAUCUCUAUGGCUGUUCUUGCUGAAGCUAUCAAAGAGGAGUCUGGUAAGGAUUGUACAUCAAAGAAGGAAAGUAAGAAUUCCCCAAAUUUUCUAAAGAAAGGAUCCCAAAAAUUGCGGUCCCUUCUUAAUCUCACACCAGACAAGAAAGAAAUCUUGUCAAAAAACAAAGGUCCUGCCUUUUACAGAAUGUGUAGUAGUUCUGACACUUUGGUUUCUGAAGAAGAGAAUCAAAAACCAAAGAUCUCUGAGAAUAAGACAGAUUCUUCCCCAAGGAGAAAGAGAAACACAUCAAAUUCACAAGGUAGCUUGAACAGAAGUAAAGAAGAUGUCACUUCGAGCCCAUCAAAGUCUCCAAAGUCUCCAAAGUCUCCAAAGCCUCAAAAACCUCCAUCUGAUGAAAGCAAUAAAAAGUGUCCUGUCUUGUGCCCUCUUGAAACUAAGUUCAUAGAAACUGCAGGAGAUGCAUCUACCCCAAGAUUUAAUACGGAACAGAUUCAGUAUCAAGAUGUAAAGGAUAUUACCACAAAUGCUGCUCCUGAAAGUGCCCCUGUUUGUGCUCUACAAAGAGCAACCUCAAUGACACCGCAACUGGCAAGUUCAAAACAUCAAGAGGAUCUCAGAUCUCGUUCAAGUGAAAGACGUGUUUAUAGUCGCUUUGAGCCAUUCUAUAAGAUGGAAAAUGCUAGUCAACUUGUAGGAAAUACACUAAAUAGCAGUUCACAUCUCUCAGAUAUGAAAAGCAAGACCUUAGGGAAUAACUAUGGCAGAAGUAAUCACCUGGUCAGCUACAACUCAACUGCUUAUCAUCCAUUUCAGCCUAAUGAAAAUAAACUGAGAGGAUUCAUGCAGAAAUUUGGGAACUUUCUACACAAAAACAAGUAAAACUUCUGUUACUGUUGUUGAAAUACAGUGAGAUUAGCAAAGCUGUACAUUCCUAACUGGACAAGACAGAUGAACUUUUUUGUAGUUUUGUAGUUUUGUAGAAUUUAUUUAGGUUUCUUCAGAAUCAAGGACAAUUGAAUGAAUGUACAUAUUUUUACAUAAUUAUACUAGGAUUAUUAUACUUCAGUCGUUACUGAAAUUCUGAGUCCAGAAAACGUCUCAAGGGAGUUGUUUAUAGUGUUUAUAUUGUAAGAUUACUUUUAUACAUUUUCUUUGUGAAGAAAGUAUGUGUUAGCAUAUUGUAAGAUUGCCUGUGGGGGAAAAGAAAUAUAGAGAGUGUUUUUAAACUUGAAAUAAUACUGUUUCCAAAGAUAAUUCCUUUAAAAAUAGGAUAGCAGUAGGAAUAGUGGCUCUUUCAGCAUUUAUGUACAUUUUCAAAUGAUAAACACAGAUGUUAAUGCAUUGCACAUUACUUAUCUUUAAAUUCAUUUUUAAACCCUCUUAUAGAUUUCAUCUUGGUAAUAAUUUACCCCCUAGCAUCAUAUCGAGCUGUUUAGGCAGCAGAUGGAUCUUAAUUCAUUGAAUUUUCCAUUUAAUAUGAUAUUUUCUGAACUAUUUGGCACACAUCUUAAAGUGACUUUAAUCCAAGCUUUCACAGUCUUGUUUACAUGGCUAAAAUAAUGUGAAUGUAGGAUGAAUGUUUAAAAAAAAAAAAAAAAAAAGAAACAAAAAAACCCUCAACAGCUUAUAAACAGGAUGCCUUCAAAAGAACUUAUAACUGGUUUAAAUUUCAAUGAAUUAAGUACUAUUGUAUAACAUGCCAGUAUUCUGUAAUGUAUUCUAAAAAUAAUUCUUUGUUAGAUUUUUCUAUUGUUUCCAUGAAAAAAAGUGGAUUUCCAUUUCUCAGGUAAGUCUUAGAGUUUCAUAUGCAAUAGUCUGUGUAAAGUGUUGCCAGAUUAUGUGCAACUCUGCCUUUAAUAACCUAUUUUUUUGAUAUUAAGGUUGCAAGUACUUAGACCAGGCAUGUGAGGGAGGUUGUAAGCUCAACACUGCAGUGCUUGAAUAUUCCAUGCCCUGUUGCUUUAAGUCAGGAGGAGCGUCAGAAGGCCAGGAGCAAUUAGACAUCUAAAAAUGAGACUGAUGAAAGCCGCCACAUCAGGCAAUAUGAUACUUCUCCUAAAGAAAGUAUCAAUGAAGGGUGAUAGCAGCAAUUGUUUAAUGUUAGUGAACGUAUUCAGGCACCUGGAUGCAAUCUAAGGGGAUAUAUAUGUGUGUUCAUUUAGACUUUCAGUCUCUCAGUCAUAAGAACUUUCUUGAUAUUAAGUGCCUAUAGCAGAUCAGUGCAUACAGAAAAACACAGGGAUGUGGUGUGUUUGCAGCAAGGCAUCUGCUUCUUACCUACAGCUCAUAGUCAAAGCAUCCACUUUGCUCAUUGGUGUGGGUUUUUCUUUCAGGAGAGCACCCGUAAUCAUUUAGCUGCAAGAUGCUCUGGGACAGUCUUGUUCCAUUUGAAUUCUGUAAAGCUGUUCUACCACACUUUACAUUAUUACAUGUUAAGAGGGCUGAAGACAAGAAAGUGGACAUUUCUCUGAUUAUGGCAGUCAGCAUUUUGGAAAGGCAUAUUUACAUCCUUGCCUUGCUAGCACACCUGCCUCUUCUCGGUAGUUGUCUUAGGCACGUUUUGAGAACAACAACUGAGAACUAAGCUCCAGUGGGAUCAUGAAAAGAACUUUCUUAGGAAAAAAUAUACCUGUAGCAGGCACUGGGGAACUCAGCAUUUUUGGGAUUUAGGCAAUACUGUAAAUUUUCAGCAACAGAAAUUUGGGUAACUUCAUUGCUGAAAGCUUAUGUACCUUAUACAGGGUCUUCAUGUUUCAGGAGCAUGUUUUAGGAGACCAUUUCUCUCUUAGAUCUAAAAGGUCCUACAGCAUUCCAUGCCAGAGUCCCACUGCAGAGGUUGUGGCUUUGUCCUUUAAAACAUCAAAAAGGCAUUUCAUGCACCAGCUCAAUUGAGUUCAUUUGUCUGUGCUACCUGUGGUGCUGAGAGGAGAUUUUAUAUGGAAAUCUCAUCACUAGAAUCUGCCCUGACUCCCAUGAACUUGCUGUAGCUAUUGGCAGUGAUUUCGGUGAAGCAGUGCAAGCUUUUUCAUUCAAACUGUUUCUCAGGCAAACUUACUAGGUUGAUGCAUUAUAGUAAUUACUGUUUCACUGUGGGGAUGGUAUUUAUUUUUAAGGGCCUUGUGUCUCAAUCCUCUGCUGAAAGUUUCAGUCUCCCCUUUACCUAUGAUUUACUUGGGAUGGAAAAGACUAUGAGUCUCUAAAUGAACACUGGCCACUUGAUCACUCCAUGCUAAAAUGCCCUACUACAUAUGUUUCCCAAAUGACCAUUCAUACCGUCCUGUCAGAAGCAGCAAUUUCAGGCCCAGAUUCCAAAGCAAGUUUUAUCUCCUUAGUAUUAUAUGCGUAUUUUCAACAUAGGCACAACAUACUUCCCCAGCUACCCAGCCAACAGCAGUGCAGCAUUACACUUAUUUCUGAGUCUUAAUGUGUGUUAACAAGGCAGAAUGUUAUUCAGGAUGGUGCCUGAAUUAACUGUACAGCAAAAGAAAUAAGUGAAGGUGCUAGCAGUGUCUAUGGUGCGGAUAGGCUUAGGGAAGAUAUUUAGUUUUUCCUCACAAGCUCUGGCAUACAUCGGUAAUACUAGAUUUGGGAAGGAAUUGAGAGAGAACAAGGGCCUUCUGGAAAGUUUUGAAGUGACAGUUCUUUGCAUUUUGUAGUAGAAUGUGGGAAACAUAUUUUGAUACACUUAGGAAUCUUUUUCUGUAUUUUCCAGAGUGGGUUGUUUAUAAGAGAGUCCUGAGAAAGCAGGUAUUUUAAUUUACCAAGUCACCUAUAUAUAAUUCCAUUUUGUAUUUGUACACAGCAGAUUAAGUGUCUUCAGUGAAGAGCCUGCUCUUAUGCUUGAUAAUGCAAAAAAUUAAUCACAGUAAAAUUUUCUUUUUCAUUUCCAUGUAUCUCCUCAAAGACCAUGCAUUGAGGCCUGACCCAAGAUUAACUGAACUGAAUGAAAAUCACCACUGGUCUCAGUGAAAGUUGGAUCAGACACACAAUGUAAUGAUGCCACUAUUUUAGAGGUGUGACAAAAUGCUGCUUGGAAAGCAUGCGGCCCUGGCUCUGUGGGAGCAGCAGCUUGAUGCCCUGCCUGCAGCUUUAGAGAUGAGGGAGCCCUUGGAGGAGCUCCAAGGGAAGUGAUGCAAGGACCAACUGCCUUGUUGUUCCCACUGGAAUUGUGUGUUAUAGGUGGGGAAGCAGUGCUCAGCUGUUUGUGUCUGAUUUGCCUCCUGUCUGUGGAGGAUCCCACCUGUUCCACAAAAUAGAUAAGUGUGGAAAAAAAUGCAUGUGCUCUUUGCAAAAUCUGUGUCUUUUUGGAAGGAGGAAUAGAGCUUAUAUUUUUAAACUUCCUUUUCCCCGAGCUUGUCUUGAUCUUUCUGCUUUUCCCAAGGAGAUGCACUUUGUUCAAUGUGUCCUAAAUGUGCUUUGCACAUUGCAGGUUUGUUACACCCUGCACACACCCAAUGUACUCCCAGUUUUGUAAGGCUCUGAAGUAAUAGGUAUUGCCACGCAUGAUGGUCUUUUGGCCAAAUGGCUUGGGAGUUGUGAAACACACAAAAAAUGAUGUGUCAUUUUCACAUUACAUAAAACUCUGUUAGAUCCAGAUUAUCAGAGUUACACAGUACUAAAUGUGGCCCUUAGGAGCACCGUGGGCAGCUCAUACAGGAAAUACAGACCCCUCAUACAGCACUCGUUCAAUUUGUGUUGUAAAUAAACCACCUCAACAUAUGAUCGUAACACCCAGUGAAUUAAUUGCUUCAUUUCUUCAGCCUUGUAGUAAACAGUUUUUACUGCCUUUCAGAUUGCAAAAUGUUGGUUAUUUUAUUAAUGAGCUUGCACAGCACUCUAUUCAUGCUAACGAAUAUGAACUUUGUGUAAAUAAAAAUUAAGACAAAUUAAAUUUCCGGCUGUCUAAUUCACAAGGGUAAUAUUUUUUGUUAGAAACCUUGACAGAAAGAAAGCUUAUCAGGUAAUAGAUGUUUGUGCACUGAUAGAUACAAAAGCAAGACCAUUCAGAGAAGAACUGUAUUUGAUCAUUUUUUGGCUUUCUGAAAUAUAUAAGGGAAUGUUGUGGUUUAAAAAAGAAGUCAUAAAAAAAAAAAAAUCACAAAAUCUGUGCCAAGAUAGUGUAAAAAUAAAAUUUAAAAUGGCUCCACUACGCGGUACGAUAAAUAUCUUUUCUUCAUUCGUAGCACUUUUUUCCUUGCUAUUUCCUGACAUAAACUGUACAAACACAACUGGCUGUACAACAUUGUAAUGAACAGAAAUCAGUAAGAACUUAUUCCCCAGAUCAAUAUUGUACUGCACAGUACAAUAUUUGUGGUUUGCUGUUUUUUUUUUUUAAACUUUAUUUUGAUUUAAGCUGUAGAAUUAGAACAACAUAAAUCUGCAGUAGUUCAUUGGUAAAUGAAAUCUGUUUCUCUAGUUUUGUGUUAAGUUGCAUGAAUACAUACUCCAUUAGCACACCAGUGAUGAGAAAAGUCUGCACUGCUCACAUGCCAUCUUGCCAUUUCAUUUUAUACAGAUGCUUACAGAUGUCUUACUGCCUUUUUGUAGACUAUGACAUUUUUGUUUCCAGCCCUUAACAAAGAGUUUCAGUUAGGUCUCCUUUAUUUUACAUUUGAACAUGGUGCCAAAGAAAUGUUGCGUGUUCUGACAACUGCUUUGAGAAAUGGAAUGGAAGAAACCAUGUGCUUUUGACAGUUGCAGAAUAGAGCUACAUUGCUCUUAGGCAUAGCUAGUGGUUUGGUUUUCUGCUUUAAUGACAUGACUUGUUAAGUUUGCUUAACUCACUUCUGGCUUCUAGCAGUCUCCUCCAGGUCAGUAUUUAAAAGCAGUUUUCAUAUAUUGCAAUGCUAAAGCAAAAGUAAGUCCUGUUUUUGAAAAUCCCAAAGGAUUUUGGGUCCUAUACUUCCAAGUCAAGUUUUUGUACAUCUUGAGAAUAUCUUUUUCUGGAAGAUCUCUGGACAUCUCUUCAGAAGAAGCUGAUGGAUUCUGUGAAGAAUAUGCACCUUUCUCCCAUCACAGGUGUUAGACUAACUAAAAAUUUCAUGGACAAACACAAAUGAUUUCUGGGGAGAAAAUAAGCAUUUCUGUUAAGAGGCUCAUGAUUCAUGUUUAUUUUGAUACUGUUGAUUCUAUAUGUAAAUAUAGCUGAAAAAACCCUACUUCCUGCCUGUAUGAAGUAGAGAACUGAUGACAGUCCAAGUAUCAUUAUUAUAAAGACUUAGCACCAAUAGCAAUAUUUCAUUGUGUUUGAGAAAUGAAUGCAACUCAUUUAUUAGCAUUCAAACACAGGACUCUUACUUGUUUGUUGUACAUUGUCUGUUCUUGCCUCAUUUAGCAAUCAGCCUGCUCAAAAUGCAGACUGGUUGUCCUUAAUUUCUCAAGACCCUGAAUAAUACCUGGAAAAACAUAUCCAGCGAAGCAUUAAACAUCCACUUAACUUUAAAACAGGAGGUUAGUACCAGGCUAGGACCAGGCUCUGAGCAUCCUAAUUUAACUGUGGAUGUUCCUGUUCAUUGCAGGGGAGUU